AACAAGGAUAUGGUGACUCUGUUGGCAGUUGUGCAUUCGCCCUCCUAUUGUGUUGCUGGCUGCUAGAUGAUAGGGUUGGGGUUUUUUGCUGACAAUGUCCAUUGGGGAUUAUUAGGCAGGCCACAUGCACACAGCUUUUGUUUGGGCCUUUUUUCCCCCUCACCUCUCUGAGAGUGUAAGGUUAAUUGGGGCCCCAGAGAUAAAAAGCAAAAUUGUGCAGUGACAAGAGUUUUCCCUAGCAAAGGUCAGGAGAGAGAGAAAUAGCAUCGGAAUGAGCCUGAUGACAGCAAAUUGGCAAUGAGGGCGAGGAAUUAUUCCACCAUUGCAUUAGGAGAACAUCUUACAAGACAUGUCUUUAAAUUACAUCAAGAACUUCUAUGAAGGAUGUCUUAGGCCUCCAACUGUGAUUGGUCAAUUCCACACUCUCUUCUUUGGCUCUGUGCGGAUGUUCUUCCUUGGUGUUUUGGGCUUUGCGGUUUAUGGAAAUGAAGCCUUACACUUCAGCUGUGAACCAGACAAGAGGGAAGUGAAUCUGUUCUGUUACAAUCAAUUCAGACCCAUAACCCCACAGGUAUUCUGGGCUUUACAGCUAGUGACCGUACUGGUACCUGGAGCCAUUUUCCAUCUUUAUGCUGCAUGUAAAAACAUCGCUCAGGAAGAUAUCCUCCAAAGGCCUGCCUACACCGUUUUUUAUAUUCUCUCUGUUCUGUUAAGGAUCAUCCUUGAAGUUGUGGCUUUUUGGCUUCAGAGUCAACUCUUUGGUUUCCAAGUGAAUCCACUCUACAGAUGUGAUGCAGGAGCCCUUGAUAAAAAGUUUAAUAUUACCAGAUGCAUGGUACCAGAACACUUUGAAAAGACUAUCUUCCUUAUUGCUAUGUACACAUUUACGGUGAUUACCAUUAUGUUGUGUAUUGCGGAGAUUUUUGAGAUAUUAUGUAGAAGGUUGGGUUUCUUGAAGACUCAGUAACUUUAUUGUUAUAACAAAUUGCUCUUAUUCAACUAAU